AUGGGGCCCCCGGGCAAUAGAGGAUCAUGGGGCCCCUGUGUCCUUGCCCAAACUCAAAAAAGGCUAUGAAAAAAGGUACCAGGGGCAUCUCAUGGGGCCCGCUACUGACCCCGGGCCCUCGGGCAGUGCCCGAGUUUCCAAAUAGUCAGUCCACCCCUGGGCAAACAGCUAUGCCAUUGGUGGGAGUAGAUCUCAAUGCCACAAUGUCAGACAGGUUCUGUACCUGCCUUAAUACAUCCAAAAUGAAAAAGAUUUUUUUAGCUGUAGUUCUACUUUCAGAUCCUGAAACAUUUACAUCGCUUUUAUCAAAAAUCAAUGUUACCAUACUGUCCCUC